GUGCGUGGAGGAGGAGGGAUGGAUUAGAGGGGAAAAGGGCGGUCAGGGAGAAGGUGAAUGGGUUUUGCAUGGUGUGGCCGGUAAGCAAGCCAGGAGAAAGACGGAGGGUGUUUGGGGGACAGGAAGCUGGAGGAGGGCGGACAGAAUGCGUGGACAGAUGGGCGGUUGCCUCCAAACUGUUCCAUCUGGCACAUGGAAAUGUCUGGUGCUGCAAAAAUUGCUGGUGAGCUGGCUAAAAACAGCUCUGUUCUUGCCCAGUGAAGAUGCACAUUUUGAGAAGCUGCUAGUGAGGAGAGGUGUCUGCUGCUGGCCAGAACUGAGAUGAGAAGGGACCUGAGAAGUGCCAGGGCAAAGAUGAGAUUCCAGGAGUUCUGUUCCCACCCCAUUUUUGCUUCAGAAACUGUCCCUCACAUCCUAAGGGCAGGUGUUCAUCUGUUGGCUUCCUGUGUCAUGCCAAAUGGUACAAGAUGGAUUCAGUCCUCCCUUGGGAGCUCUGGGGAGCCUGGCUCUAUCACAAGUCCUGGCACUCCAGGUGGGCUUUCCUUGGCUUCUGGCAUAUUACCUACAGGGACCAGGGAAGCUGAGAUGGGUUUGGGAGGCAGAAGACACGUCUACGUGAAACGUGUCUCUUGUUCCAUAGCACUGCCUUACCUUUCUUUUCUUCUUCCUGGAACGGACAAACCCAGGGGUACAGCAAACUCUACUUUGCUUCUUGGUUUUGGAAGCAAAGCCUCACAGGUUUGGUUCAGAGCAUCUCCCAUCUGUGUCCUUCCUCUUCACCAUCCUUCUUACUUUAAUCCAGGUUUCCCACCCUCUGAUUGCCAGCCAGCUCUGUCACCUCCUGGAAUCUGUUUUCCAUGCUCGACUGCAUGAUGGCUUAGGACUGUCCAUCAUAACCCUGAAUUUUCAGUUGUUGCUAGCAUUAACCAUGUGGGCUCAAACUGAUGGAUCUAUGCCUCUAGGUAGAUUUCUCUUUUUCUUUUUCUUGGCGUUUUUGUUGCCUAGAGGGUGAGGUCCAGCUCCAUUGUUGUUUGUGCCCAAACAGUACCUGGCUCUUUGCAGCCUGGAAUUGCAGCCUCAUAUUAAUUCCAAAUCCCAUGUAACCUAUGGAAAAGCAAAGGUAUUUUCUCAAAAGAGGAUAGUCACUCAAGUACUGCCACAACCAGAGUUCUGCCUGAUAAUUAAUUUGCUAUCUCAGGGUGGAUGCAUCUCAUGCUUCAUGGUCCAUCUGGCAAAAUGGAGUAUUCAUGCAUACCUUCCUUUCCAAAAUGGUGCACAGCUGCAUAAAGACUUGUGAGCAGAAAACAACAGGCAAACAGAAUUUCAAAACUCUCCUCUGGCUGUCUGAUAACUCCAGAAGCCAAUGACCAGGCAAACCUGGUCCUUACCUCUAGGCAGUGGGUGAUAUUUCCCUCUAAGCAACUAUCAUGUAGUAGCAAAAAGCCUGCUCUUGUAGACAGAUAAUAAAUUAACUCCAUUGCCUCAAGACAGCAUGCUAAAGCCCUGUGAAAAGCAAGUGUCUCUCAUAUUGUCUAACAGAGCAAUGCCUGAAUGCAAUCUCAGCCAGUAACUACAAUCAGAGGUGUCUGUGGGCAAAGGCUUGCAGUCAUGAAGCAAAAUGAUGGAUAAUGUCUGAGGAUGCUGAGUCCUGUACAGGACCACAAACAUGAUGGAAAGUAUGGGAUAAUAUGCAGAGAGCAUUUUAAAGGGGUAAUCUUUAAAAAGAUUUUAAAAAACCCCAUUUGUAUCAGGCAGAAUGAUUGUGUUUAGUCGCCACUCAGCUUUGUAGUAGACUCAGCUGUGGAUGACUGCUGUUCUCUUGAAGAUGGUAUAAAAAGAGGAGCUUUCCUGUGUACCUCAAGAAGUUGUGUGCUUUUGCCUGAUGUUGAUCUAGUAUGGAAACGGAGAAGUUACAGCAGCCGGUGUUGAAAGUACACUUCAGUGAAGAUGGUCUUUUGGUAGCACUCUUGUUUUUGCAUGGCUUUCUGCAUCUGAGAUGAGGAAAGGUGGAAAAGAAGCCUGCUGCUCCUCUAGUCCUGCUGGGUGACCAGGGGCAGAACUGAGGAGCUAGGAAUGGCCCUUGCAGAUUUCUUGUGUGUAGUACAAUAGUGGAAAAAGCAAAGUUGCUGAGUUGCUGCCAGUGGUCUGCCUGAGAGCUAGGGAUGAGGUAGGUUGCAAGGCCACAGAAGGAUGAAUAAGUGGAUAGGACACUACAAGAAUGUUACUUGCAGCAGCAAUGUGACUUUGAACCACACUUAAAUGGCAACUUUUUCAUUACAGAAAGCUGAAUAAUCUGGUAAGAUUAUAGCUGUGAGGACCUUAGAUAAGGCAAUUCUGAAUCACAAAACUUGUGACUGUACCAAAAUCUGGGCCUCUGCAAGAAGUGUACCUUGUGUUGCGGCAAGAAAAAACAGGCUUCCCGUAUAAAAGUCAGCAAGCAAUUGAAUAGCCAGCAAGAAAUAAUCAAAGCAGGAAGAGGUUUGGGUCUGGGGACAAGCUAAAAUAAUUUUGCCUGCCUCUUCCUUGAACUUGAGAACUUCAGGAGAAAACCUCCUCUUUGGAGAGAUAUGCCAAAGUAACUCUUAUUUGAGAAGAAAACAGAGAAGAUCCCAAUAUCCUUCAGCAGAGGAGUGUCAGGGGGUGGGAAAAGAGGAACCUGCAUCCCUUUUGAUUAUCAUCAAUUUCUGGUGGUUUCUGAGAGGAGCCUUGUAUGAGGUGUUACUGGGGAGGACUGACAGAGGUCUGGCUACAGAGAAACUGGCUAAAUAAUCCUCACUCCCACUGCUAAACACAAGACCCUGGGGCAGCAUUCUCUGUUAAGCUGUUCCAGUGGAUAGUACUGUGCAAGCAUUUCUGUGUUGCUGUCUAUGAUGUUUUGUGUAUGAGAUACAAAUUUAGGAAUCAGCAUCAUUUUCCCACUUACAUCUUGCUGGGUUUUUUUUGUCCCCGAAUCCAUUUUAUAGCUCCAGACUAGCAAGUGUAGCAUGAAAAAUGAAUAAGCUAAGUUAGGUCUGUAGAGAGUCUGUCUCUAUUAUUGGACCAAGCAAUGCAGCUGGAGCAAACAGAUAAUCUUGAAGGCAUCUGAUUUAUCUUUGGAUCUGAACUGCAGCCUGUUGGUUUGUUGGGGUUUUUUUUGAGCUGUAAUUAGCAGUAUCAUAGAAUAUAUUUUUCCUCCAUAAAAGACUUUCCUCUUGCAUACUCCUAGACUGCAGUGCUUAUUGCCAUCUAAAUACUGCCACAAAGAGAGAUCAGUCAGAGUUUAGGACCCAGAGUCCUGUUUAAGGCUUACAGGAUGAGACAGCUGACUGAAAAUCAAUGAAGUGUGAUUUACCAAGCAUCAUAAUGAGGGCAAGAUAAGGCUAGAAAGGUGCUGCCUUGCCUUGCAGACUCAACAGUCUACUUUGAUUUUUAACAAGGUUGUUUUAGUUCCCUACAAAGAUGAGACCAAUUUGCUUAUGAAAAGAGAAGAUUAGAUUUAAAGGAAAAGCCACGGUGGUGCCCAUGCUUUGCCUAGUGCUCUUUGCGCUGUGUCUGAGCCGCUCAGGUAGGUGUGAUUUCUUCUUCUUCCAAGCUGAGCUGCAGGUGUUAAAGUUUUUUUUUCUGCUGGCCAGUUAUCUUCUGUUUUCUGGGAUACGGUGAAUGCUGGCUUCCGUGUGUCAUCCUUUGAACACUGCGUGAGUAACAGAAGAGGGUUAUAUCAGUUGCUGCCUUUGUAUUGCAGCCAUGGUCAGUUUGACAGCUAGGUUUUAAUAACUGGUGGUGGGGCAAUUGCCAGCUAGAAAUUAACAAAAAAUCCUAAGCUUGAUUUUUGGCUGCUAAAUGGAAUUAAGAGAAAAUUUCUAUCACCAAGAGAAAAACUGAAAUGCUUCAGGUGAAUUGAUAAAAGGCUAAGUGUCUUGUCUGUACUUAUUGGGGUGUUUUGUGCAUUUGUUUAGCAGACUUUCUGCCCCAGAACUCUUGCACCCACGGGAAACUGCUACUUGGAUAGAUCACAGAGAGAGGCAGGAACUGGAAGGAUGGGGGAGAUGGCAGACAGUGCUUGACUACUCAAAUGCAUGUUAACCUGCCAGGGAGCUCCCCAGUUUUUGCCUCUCAGUGUAUCAUAUGGUAGAUUCAGGGAUGUAUCUGUCCUAUGGCUGCUUCUCCCUUUUUUUUCCAAGGCAGUGCUACUUAGUUCAAUGUUUUCUCCAUUGUUUUAUCUAGCUUAAUCAAAAAGCGGGGCUUGGUCAAAGAAACUGUUAGGCUAUUUUCCCAUGUGAUAUUUCUUAUUUUCUCAUUAAUAACUUCUGCUUUUAAACUAUCUUUGUACAUGUACUGAUGCUGUCUUAUAGAGGCAACAAUUUUCUUCCUUCUGGCUUUCUUCCUUGUGAGACUCCUCAAGUCUUUUUCAUGUUUUUGUGGCUUCCUCAGCAGAUGAGAUUCAACAUAUCCAGCUCCAAACCCGGUUUUACUACCUGUCUUCUAUACCAACUUGGAGCAUUAGGUACCUGAACUUCAUGUGAGACGUGGGCUGUGAAAUGGCACCAUUUUCUUUUGUGGGAGGUCAUACACACCCACAGACACAGAGGGUGUGUGGCUGUGUAUUUGUGUGCAGGUUGUUGUACUGAAAUAUAAACAGAGCACUGUAUUCUGGUAUUAAGACAGAGCUGAUUUUGAUCCUGUGUAUUUUGGGGUUAUGGAUUUUUUCUAUUCAAUGGCUUUUCUGUUAAAUUUCCUGUUUUUAACAAUCAUACAUGCCUAUGAAUCUCUUAAAGGGAAAGCGAAAUAUCUAGGAGAUGAAGUCUCUGCAGAGACUCUUACAUGUCAGGGGGUUGGACCUCUGAGGUUGUGGGUAGUGAAGUGGGAGAAAUAUGUUCUUUCUCUUCCUUUGAUUCCAGAGGCCAUACCCAUCUGCUAUGUGUGGAAGCCAAGCUAGUUUCCUAGAACAGACCACACUGUCCUUCAUUUGCUGUGGCACAGCUAGGGUCAGCUCUGGCAUGAGAAUAAACCCUGGAACAAGCAGAAGGGACAUUUGUGGAAACAGCAGACCUCAAGGGCUUGUGACAAAGUGACAAGACAGAGUGUGGCCUCAGGACCACUUUAAACUGUGCUGACAGCUUCAUGAGCUAUGGGAUGGAGAAGGUGUGGAAAUGAGUGUGAAAGCUCCCUCUGACCAGCCAGUCUCUACCUGCCCAGGGCUUGGUAACCUCACCACACCUCACCACACCUGUAUUCCAGCUACAGAGGACAAACACAACUUGUGCUAGAACAUCUGACAGGAAAGUUGUUAACCUGUGAGUGAAGCACUAGGUUUCAGAGUUUAUAGCUCCUCAAACAGGAGCAUCUUGCUGUGGCUAGAAGUGAGGAAUAACAGUGUUGCUUGGACCUUGUGCUAUCCUGAGAGGAUCCAGACAGCAUUAAAGAAUGUUUUUGUCCCAUGGAAAGCUCUGUUAUGAGAGCAGGUUUUUGCUUUGGGCAGUUCUUCAGCUGUGUUGCUUGCUGCCCUGUCUGCAGCCUCAGACAGACCCUGACCAAGGUGGAGGAGGCUGCACAGUCUGUCGUGCUCAGCAGAUGGGCAGCAGCUGCUGGGGAAGAGGACAUGGGCAGAGAUAGUGGUCCAUGGUCACAUCCUUUCCUCCAUGUAGGGGCAGAGCACAGCCCUCUGCCUCCAGUUUUCUCUCUGGAGGGGCUGCUGCGUUUGAAUGCCCUUUUUCUCCCUGUGGCACAGGGACCCUGAUGAGGGCUGCCUUGACUCUGAUCACUGAUGCACACAGUAUAUGAGUGUAUUGACUGUGCCCUCCAGGGCUCUCCCACUGUCAGGUCCUGGCACCAUCUGUGGGCCAUGAUCCUCUGCCUGCAGACUCUCCCUGCAUCCAGGCACAGAUAUUCUGCUCCCAGGGCUGGCAGGGCACAAGCUGGACCCUGGACAGUGUCCUGUGAGGUCCCUAUUGCUGCUGACACAGCAAUAUGAGCUGUGAUCCCUGCUGUGUAGGGCCAGUCUUUUUUCCUCCUUGGUGGCUUUGAAGAGAGGCAAAAUCCUUCUCACCCUUGACUGCUAUGUAUGUGCACAAGGGAAGAGAUGGAGGUCAUUUCAGAACUUCAGAAUCACACGGUGUGGGGCUGAAGUUUGGGAAAGGAUGGAGGGUCUGAACUGCCCCUACCCCUUUGUGAUAGCAAGGGGAAGGGGGAGCAUGGUGUCAGUGAUUGUGGAAGUCACAAGUUGUGCAGGAACAGACCAUGAUGGAUGUCUGUGUGCUUGCCUGUCACAUCUAGCCCUGACUGCAUCAUCCAGCUCCUACUGCUUCCAGAUGGGCUCUUUUUGCUUUGGCAAAAAGGCCAUAGCAAACGUAAACCUAGUACAAAGUCAUCAUUUCUCUGCUCUGAUGAUUUUUAUUUUUUUUUAUGUGAGCUGGGCUUGGGCUCUGUUGCCUUUCCAUUCACUUCCCUUGGUUCUGCUGAGAGUCUGUGCAUCUGAAUUUCUGCAGGAUUUGCUGUACAAGACAAGACCUGCCCAGAGAUGUGAAUGCCUUCAGUUCAGUUGCUGAAAAUGAGGAUGCACUCCUUAAGCACUUAUUCGAAGGCUAUCAGAAAUGGGUCCGCCCUGUGGAAAGCUCCAAUGACACCAUCAAAGUCCUUUUUGGGUUAAAGAUAUCACAGCUUGUGGAUGUGGAUGAGAAGAAUCAGCUGAUGACAACCAAUGUGUGGCUGAAACAGGAAUGGAUCGACCACAAGCUCUCCUGGAAUCCAGAUGAAUAUGGUGGGAUCACUGCUAUCCGGGUCCCCUCUGAGUCUCUGUGGCUUCCCGACAUCGUUUUGUUUGAAAAUGCUGACGGACGUUUUGAGGGAUCCCUGAUGACCAAAGCCAUAGUGAAGUACAAUGGAGUGGUGACCUGGACACCACCGGCCAGUUAUAAGAGCUCCUGCACAAUGGAUGUGACCUUCUUCCCCUUCGACAGGCAGAACUGCUCCAUGAAGUUUGGGUCGUGGACGUAUGAUGGCAAUAUGGUGGACUUGAUUUUAGUUGAUGAAAAUGUAGACAGGAAAGACUUCUUUGAUAAUGGGGAGUGGGAGAUCUUAAAUGCCAAAGGUAUGAAAGGCAACAGGAAGGAUGGGCUGUACUCUUACCCAUUUGUCACUUACUCCUUUGUUUUGAGGCGCCUUCCGUUGUUUUACACUCUUUUCUUAAUAAUCCCUUGCCUGGGAUUAUCUUUUCUAACUGUCCUGGUGUUUUACCUACCAUCAGAUGAAGGAGAAAAGCUUUCAUUGUCGACAUCAGUUCUAGUCUCCCUCACUGUUUUCCUUUUAGUGAUUGAGGAAAUAAUCCCUUCUUCUUCCAAAGUCAUCCCUCUGAUUGGUGAGUAUCUGCUCUUCAUCAUGAUUUUUGUGACCCUCUCUAUCAUCGUGACUGUGUUUGUUAUCAAUGUCCACCACCGAUCUUCAGCAACUUACCAUCCCAUGGCUCCCUGGGUUAAAAGGCUCUUUCUCCAGAAAUUGCCUCGUCUGCUCUGCAUGAAGGGCCAUGUAGAUCGCUACUCCUUCUCAGAGACUGAAGAAAAGGGAACCACCUCAAAAUCAAAGUUUCUGGGGAAGCAGAAAUACAAGCAAGCAAAAGACGGAGAAAAAAUUGUUAUUGCCUUUCUGGAAAAGGCAGCUGACUCCAUUCGGUACAUUUCCAGGCACGUUAAAAAGGAGCAUUUCAUCAGACAGGUUGUACAGGACUGGAAAUUUGUAGCUCAAGUCCUGGAUCGGAUCUUCCUGUGGUUAUUUCUGGUGGUGUCGGUGACGGGUUCAGUUCUCAUCUUUACCCCUGCAUUACGCAUGUGGUUGAACAACACUUUGUAGAAAACACUCCCGCAGUAAAUGACAAGAACAGUGCCAAGGGACAGUGGUGCCUUGGAGCUUGGUCUCUGCUGCACAAGAGGAGAAGCAGCAGCACAAAUAAGGAAAGGUGAUGGUAACAGUGGGCAUUUUUUAGUGCUUUCAAUCUUCAUAAUAACUCUACCAGUUACAGAUUUUGCAGAAAUCAGAGAAGAGCUUGGUGCAGAGCCAAGGCAUAAAGUGAACUGGGCUUGCACAACUGGGUUAUAAUUAUUUUAUUGUUAGCUUGGUUGUAUUACUAUAAAAGCCAAGAUUAUUAGUUUAAAUUGGAAAUAGAAGGUCUUGUGCAAUCAUUAUACUAAAAAGGCAAAUCUGCCAGUUAAAAUGCUACAUUGUAAAAGAAGUUACUGUAGGAACACAAAUCUCUAGUCAGUUUAUCUGUGUUUACAAGUAAAAACCACUAAGUGUCUACAUGCUUUAGGCAUGUGUCAGAACUGGCAAUUGCAUAGCAUGUGCAUUAGAAAAAGUAUAAAUUGUUCUUAGAUGGGAUACUCAAAACCUUGACCCUCUAGCUUCACCUUGCUGCAGGAUCAGCUCAACAAGGGCAGAGCCUGCCACUGCCCAUCUGCUACCAGCCUUUAUGGCAUGCACAAUUUGUCUCUCACCUCAGCCAUCAGGAAGCCACAAGGUAUUGCCCACAUUUCAGUAUUACUUGCAGUUUUGCUUGCUGCUCUGUAAGGUACCUGAAAGCUGACAAAACAAGGAUUUUUCCCCAUGCUCCACAUUUAGAAACUAUUAUUCCUUCACCUGCUUGUUCACAAUUGGAAGAUCACCUAAGCGAAGGUGGCUAUGCUACUCCAUAAGGCAACAGUGAUAUUCCUGAUGUGUUCAGCUGGAGGGAAGCUGCAGACCUCUCUUUUGGCAGAUGAAAAUUGUGGUUGUUGCAAGAGUGGGGUUUCUCUGGGCAUCAGGAAGGUACAUUUUUGGAUAUUGGCUUGUCCAUGUUUCCUAGGCAGUUCAGAAUUUCAUUCCUUCAAUUCAUUUAUUAUGGGAUCCUUUUUCAUGAUUAGAAACAGCUCUUGAAAGUGCUAAAUAAGUGAGAUGUAACAGAAAACACUCAGGUGAAACUCUCACAGGAAUUAAACUCUUGCCAUUUUUGCUGGGGCAGUGUUUUCCAAUAUGGAAAUGUUGGAAAUUAGAUUAGAAAAUCCUAUUCAGAACUUGCAAAUAUUUCCAAGGUUAGCAAGGGUUUUGGAGAUCCAACUUUUGACGAUCUAAAUAUGUGUUAAAGUUUUAGCUAGCCUUGAAACUUUCUCCCUAGAGAUAGAAGUUAGAACGUGUUAAAAAUACAUAGGGGUAUUCUUGUGCUUGGAUUGUGCCACCAGACCUCCAUGAGUUAAUGUAAUCUCACCAAAUUGUGUCAAUGCAGAAACUUCAGUUGUGUAAUUAUUAUUAAUAAAGAUGUAUUUAGUAAAUGAUUCCUGGGGUGUCCAUACACUGGGCUUUGCUGUUGAUUUGUUGUCAACAAAGCUAGACUGUAGCCCAUUUUAAAAGUUUUAUCCCAAAUCUAUUCAAACAGAGGGGUUGGCAUAUUCUUGGAAAGUCCUCAUUACUUUUUAGCUCUGUGUGGUGGUUUCACGUUAAUUGACAUUUAGGAAAAAAGUAAGAAACCACCCAUGGAAGUGAUUUUUUUGAGAGAAGCUGCAGGGAGCUUCCUCUGUGCCUGAGAUAGGCCAAUAGCUGGCUAGUUCUGAGAACUGAUAACAUUUUGCGCCAUUUAAAAUUAGAUCUGCCUCUGUGAGAUUCACAUUUUAAAAUCCACCAGCCUGGGAAAUGUCUCUGCUUCCAGCCUUGAAAGGUAGCGGAGCUCUGAUGAGGCCGUGCUCCCCUGUGGCCUCUGCGCCCUGAGGGAGGCCAGGCCGGACCCCAGUGGCUCCCGGGGGGGAAUUGGAGGCUUUGGGACCCCAACCCCAGGCUGCACCAGGCCACAGCUGCUGACAUCUCACUGAUACUAAAACCCCUGCCCCCCCAGUCCACACAGACAACUCCAGGCCAAGUUGGGACACUUUGGCUCCCAGCAGCUGCUGGGUGGAGGGAGGCACCCAUCAUGGCCUGAAAUCCAACACUGUGACUGCUGUGGCCACCAGGCAAGAUUCAACCCUUCCACUAAACAGAUGAGACCUGCAGACCUUGCUCCUCUCUCCAGGGAGAGAAAAGGAAUGACAACACAUAGAAAGAAAACAUGAAAAUACCAAGGUCAGUAAAAGAAGAAGUGAAGCCUCAGAUAGAAGGAGAAUGAGAAGAUGCUCUAAUAGGCUGAAAUAUUCUUUUGGUAGGGCCAUGGAGAUGGACAAUGAUAUACUGAAAUAUCUCCUUUAAUUCAUAAGAAAGUAUGGGGGGAUAAAGUAUUCAAACUGUAGAUCUGAGCAGAGGCAUCCAUUGAUGAAACCAAGCGGAUUUUGGAGUAGCUGUGAUCCCAUGAGAUGCUUGAACAGAGAGAGAGAGGAGAGUUGAUGAAGAC